CGCCGUGGCUGGUCCGCCCAGCGAAUCGAACAGCAGGAAGGAGUCCAGGCCGUUGCCCUCGCCUGGGCGGCUCCUGGGCUGCUGACCUGCCUAUAGCGCUAUACACUUCAGCCACCAGCUUGGCGCGGUGGAGCGCGCGGUGGCCAGCACGCUGUUGUAAUUGGCACCGGACGUCAAGUCCGGGCCAGAGAUCUUGAGGACCCCCGGGGGCGUCGUGUCGCGGGAGGCUACUGGGUGCUGCCAGUUCAGCCAAUUUCUCGCUGACCCACUGCUGCGUGGUCCCCGGAGUCCCGGGUCCUCCUGCGCCACCCGAUAUGAUUGUCCAGGUCUCUUGAGCCCAGGAAGAGCUGGGACCUGCACUUGGCUGGGCUCCCCGACCCCGCCGCCUCAGUUCCACGUGGGGCGGGGCGGGGGCAACGGCUGCCAGUGUCGGAAGUCAAAGACCUGGAAACCACCGAUGAACAGAGACUCAGGAGAGUCACCCAGAAAGACAAGCAGACACCGAGAUGGGGUCUGAGGAGGAAGGAAGCACACAAGGACCCAGAGAGAAGGAACAGGGACCCCGAUAGAUAAAGGAGCAGAAAAGGACAGGAAAGAGAUUCAACCAGGGAGGAUCAAGAUGGGUGGUGGUUAGAAGUCAGAGGAAAGAGAGAGUUCAAAUAAAUAAAGAACCUUUACUGCUGAUGCUGGCCCGCGAGGACCUCGAUUUAGUUUUCUUCUUUUUCCGGCCCUCUCCCAGGAACCCCUCAGCCAGGUCCAUCUCUCACCCCCACAGUCGACGGGCUUCGAACACUUGUGAAUCUGAAAAUUGCAGUAAUCGCACCAUAUCAACUUCUGCAACAUGAGGCCUGAAGGGACAAGGUCAAGGCUGUAUUCACCCACAAAGAGGGAGUCUCACUAUGUUGCACAGGCUGGUCUGGAACUCCUGGAUUCAAGUGAUCUUCCUACCUCAGCCCUCCUGAGCACCAGGGGCUACCGGGAUUCAGGAAGUUAGGCAGGAAAUCCGUCUUCAAGGACUUUAGAGCCGCCAGGACUUCAGAGUCACAUAUGACACAGCAGCCCGCAGGAAGCAGGCAGCAGGUGUUCAGCCAGCUCCAGGAAGCCCCUGCUUCUUUCCACCUCUGGCCAACUGGAAUCUCUCUGGUCAUGGGCACCACCUGCACUGGGACCACCUCAGGCUUAUGCAGAAGCUGCCAGUCUCUGGAGACACAUAUGGCUCUAGCCUCAUCAGACCGGUCCCCAAAGUCUCCCUGGCUUCCAAGGCCCAGUCCAUGUCUGCACUGGAGACAAGCCUGCAUGAAUGCCCCCCCACUCAGGCAGGAAGGCAGCCUCAGGCUUGAAGCCCCUCAGGAACUCUGAGUCUGGCAUGGUGAGGCUGGGUAUGUAGAUGGUGUGUCCACCAACCAGGUAGGCAGCCCAGAGGCCAAAGGUCCCAGUGGUCCUGAGAAUGUGACUGCACAUGUGAAGGCCCAGGCCUUCCCUGGUGAGCCACCUCACCCUGGGAGUGUGGAAGUUUUCCCAGCACCACUUCAUGCCAUGGCUGGUGACCGUGAAGAAUGAGCCUUCAUGUCGUGCCUGGAACCAGUCCACGGAGGUAGGCGUGGUCACCCACCCCACACUUGCAUUGCUGGGGCAUCACCUGCAGAGUCCCCAGAGCAUAUGUGAAUACCCAUGAAGGUGCAAGACUGGGCCGCAGUGUGGCCCAGGCGAAGCUGACUCAGGAAGUGCUGGGCCUCAUCCUGAAGGUGGUCAUGAAGGGUGAAUUUCCUGUGGAUUUGCUCUCGAAGGUGAUGGAAAAUGUCCAAGGCCAGGGGAACCCCGACAGUUUCAGGAAGAAGUCCUCCGAGCGGGAAUACUUCUCCAACAGCCAGUCGUGCAGCUGCCACUUCUGCCAUGGUAUCCUACUGUCUGCCUGGAUGUCAGCACAGAUGUACCAGUCUUCGAAGGGUCCACUCCACCACUGAGGUGAUGGGAAGUGACAGUCCAAGUGGAACAUGAACCUCGGGAGGUGUGCACUGGAGGAGGGAUCUUAGUGCCUGUAGUAGCAGUGGCAGGUCCACAGAUGAUCCGCGUGGCCUUAUCGCGCAGUCCGAAAAUGCAGCCCUCAUCCGACUUCCCUGCAGCCCUCUGCUCCACGUGGCCUCCCUGGACAGGCAGCGAGGCUCGGGGUGGGGAGGAAGGAGAGGAGCAAGAUUUGUGGGGCAGCAAGACGGCCCCACGCUGCAGCUGCAUCCUUGCGUGAAGUGGAUCCCAGCUUCCAGGCUGGACCCGGGAGUUCCGGCUGAAGGCUCCCGGACUCCCCUCCCUCACACCCAGGAAUCCAGCCCCUGUACCUUAAGGGGUCCAGCUGGGGAUCCACGUGCAGGAGGACUCAAGCACUUGGGUGAUCUGAGCCACCAGCGAUCUGCUGUCCCGGACAAGCGCAUCUGGAACUGAUUGUGGACUACUCACUUCCUCAGACCCCGCACUCUGGACCCCGCCUGAGGAACGAUUGAUGGACUGGGACAAGGCCAAGUUUGAGCACCCGGGACUGUGGGUCCUCGUGCUGGCUGUCCUCGUGCUGGGAGCCUGCCAGGCACACCCCAUCCCUGACUCAAGCCCCCUUCUCCAAUUUGGGGGCCAAGUCCGGCAGCGGUACCUCUACACAGACGAUGCCCAGGAGACUGAGGCCCACCUGGAGAUCAGGGCUGACGGCACAGUGGUAGGGGCCACCCACCAAAGCCCAGAAAGUCUCUUGGAGCUGAAAGCCUUGAAGCCAGGAGUCAUUCAAAUCUUGGGGGUCAAAACAUCCAGAUUCCUGUGCCAGAGGCCAGACGGGGUGCUGUAUGGCUCGCUCCACUUUGACCCUGAGGCCUGUAGCUUCCGGGAGCUGCUUCUGGAGGAUGGAUACAAUGUUUACCAGUCAGAAUCCCAUGGCCUCCCACUGCGCCUGCCCCCCAACUCACCAUACCGGGAUCCAGCGCCACGGGGACCAGCCCGCUUCCUUCCACUGCCAGGCCUGCCCCCAGCAGCCCUGGAACCGCCAGGGAUCCUGGUCCCUGAGCCCCCUGAUGUGGGCUCCUCCGACCCGCUCAGCAUGGUGGGGCCUGUGCAGGGACGAAGCCCCAGUUAUGCUUCCUGAAGCCACGGGCCUUUAAUUUUGGGGUCCCCUCUUAUUUA